GGCAUGCUUAAAGUUUUACGUGUCCGCGCGGCUGUAGUCUCGAUCAGCUGUUUUGAUAAAUCAAACUCCGGACCUGAAGAAUUAAAAAUCCGAAGGCACUGGUAGUGAAACAACAGACAUGUUGCCAAAGUUCGCCCCACUCAACACUCCUCUCCACCGACGUUUGGAGACUGGAGCAGUUCUCAUAUGGUGGUUCAUCUUCUUGUGGUUCAGGUUUACCGUUCAAAUAUUUCUUGUAGCUCUACUUUUCACAAGGUAUUUCUGGGUGUCUUUCGUGCUGAUGGGCUGGGCAUACUAUGACAGGCACACGCCCAAGAGAGGCGGUCGCCGUAGCGACUUUAUGCGUCGCGGCCGCAUCUGGAAGAAGAUGGCCGACUACUUUCCGGUCCAUCUGGUGAAAACUUCCGAUCUGGAUCCGAACCGGAACUACCUCUUCGGAGUACAUCCCCAUGGCAUCAUGAGCGUCGGCGCCUUUGUAAACUUUGCAGCGGAAGCGACAUCUUUUAGUGACCUCUUCCCUGGGAUAAAAUCUCAUCUGUGCACCCUCUCCGUCAUGUACACGUAUCCUCUCGCAAGGGAUUUAAUGAUGGCUGGGGGUAUGUGCGAUGUACACAAAGAGAGCAUAGACUACCUGCUCGGCCAAUCAGGGCCCGGGAACGCUGCCGUCAUCGUAGUGGGCGGGGCCGGUGAAGCCCUGGAAGCUCGGGCAGACAAUCAUGUGGUCUGCCUCAAAGAAAGGAAGGGAUUUAUCAAGAAGGCUCUACAACAUGGGGCGCAUCUUGUUCCAUGCUACACGUUUGGCGAGAACGACCUCUACCAUCAGCUUCCAAGCACAGAGGGAUCCCGAACAAGGUGGAUACAGCAGCAGACGACCAGGUUCUUUGGCUUUUCCAUACCAAUCUUCUACGGGAGGGGUGUCUUCCAGUAUAGCUUUGGAUUUCUACCGUUCAGGAAAGAGCUCAAUACCGUCGUUGGUAAACCCAUUUCUGUGGAGAAGAUGGAGAAGCCCUCAUCCGAAGCCAUUGAAGAUCUCUGGAACACCUACAUUCAGGCCCUGCAGGAGCUCUUUGAAGAGAACAAGGUCAAGUUUGGGGUCAGGGAUGACCUAACCCUGCAGGUCAAAUGAGGUCAAAGUGCAUUAUCAGGUAUGACCUCAUGUUACAGGUCAAAUAAGGUCAAAUCACAGCACAGGGUCUUUGAAAGAAGAGAUUCUCAUCAAGUUUAGGUGAUUCAACUUAUUCCUCAGGUGUCUUCCAAAAUUCAAACCAUUCCAGUGCUCAUUUUGUUAUGCUUCUGCACAUUCUUGUAAUAAUUACUUCAUUUUGCAGGUCAAUUAAGGUCAGAGUGCUGUACAGGGUCUAUAAUUCGGCUGAAGAGAUUCCCAUCAAGAUUGGAUGAUUCAGCAUACUUGUAUUUCUUGCAUGUACAGUAGAUGUCUUUCAAUAUUGUAACCAACUAUACUACAAACUGUGUAACGCCUGCCCGAUUCUUCUCAGGAAUGACCUCACACUGCGGGUUAUGUGAGGUCAAAGUGGGGAAUCAGGGACAACCUUUUGCUAUGUACAGGUCACAUGAGGUCAAAUAGCAGCACAGCACCAUUAAGGUGUUUCUUGGAGGAGGAGAUUUCCAUCAAGCUCAGAUGAUUCCACUAUUUGUUAUGUCUUCCAAUAAUUUAAGCAACUGUAGUACACAUUGUGUUUUAACACCUCUCCAGAUUCUUCUCAGGGAUGACCUCAUACCGUGUGUCAAAUGAGGUCAAAUUGUAUUAUCAUGGAUGACCUCACACUCCAGGUCAGAUGAGGUCAAAUUGCAGGAUCAAGAAUGACCUCGAGAGAUUCAUAGUAGCAGAUCAGUUUAAGUGUUCAAAAAUAAUCUUCAAAAGUAUCUGUUUGAUUCGACAUAUUAACUGUUCUCUUUAUUUUGUAUAUGUUCUAUCUUACCCCUGUUCUUUUGUUUAUAAUGCAGAUGCUUUUGUGUGAUUUCUUAUAUUUUUUUUAUAGCAUGUCAUUUCCAGUCGAUUUGGUGCCUAACAAACCUAAUAUAUCUUAUUAUGA